AGAACCUCUAAAAAAUGACAGACUACCUUCUGCAACAUGAAUUCAACAACGUCGGUGGUUUGGAAGAGAACGGUGGUAUGACUGGGACUAGUGAGACUUUUGGAAAAUUCAAAUGGAGACUCGGCAUCAUCAACUCAAAAGGUUAUUUGUGGCUCUCGCUGACAUGCGAACGGCUCUCGAAAGACGUGGAGCAAGUAAAAACCGACUUCAAACUGAUUCUGAUAUCCGAGAACGGAAAUCGCUGGGCCAAAAAUUUCGACGGCUACUGCUUCAAAUUCAAUGGAACUGGAGUUCAUAAGAAAAGCGAGCGGAUCGUUGGAUGGGGGUCGCUGAAGAAUGAUUUUCUGGUGGAUGGAAAGAUCAAGGUUCAGGCUCAGUUGGGGGCACUGGAAGUUGAGGACAUUUGCACAGGAGAGUUCACGAUGGAGCAGGUUUUCAAGAAUGUGCAAGCUUUGAUGCCAGGCGAUGAUGUGUACAGUGAGAGGCAGAGCCAUUUGAAUCUAUGGUGGAAGCUCCAAAUCCGUCGCGACGCUACUAGUCUCGGCGUCUGUGUGUGCUGUAAGGCUGACGAUCAGAAGAGGAGACGGAAGCUUCGCGCGGAUCUCAUCUUGGCCCUCGUCUCGGAAAAUGGGAACAGAUUUGCAGUGAAGCUGAAGGACGCAUGCUUUGAUUUGAUCAGCUCCGAGACGUAUAACUGCCAAGGAAAGUUUAUUCUAGAGUGGAGAUCCAUCGGUGACUUCUUGAACAAUGGGAAGAUGCGGGUUGAAGCCAAGGUGAACGUCUUGGAGAAUGUUGGGGUGAAUAAUGUAAAGUUCGCGGAGGAUGUGAAGACCCAGCCGAUAAGGGUUGAGAGGAGCAGAGCUAGGGAAGAUUAUUUCGACUUUAUCAAGAAGGAAGUGGAUCAGGAAAUGGAAACGGUGAAGGAGAUGGCGAGAAAGGUUAAAUUGUCUAAUGCAAAGCUGGAAGAGUCAUUGAAGAGUCAUUCAAAUGCAGAUGAAGCCGACCUGAUGAAAUUCCUGGAGAUCCGCCACGAUAAAGCAGUUCUUACUGAUGCAACUGUGGAUGUGGUUCUGCAAGUUGCUCACCGCAAGAUUGACUUUGUAGUUUUGGACAAGUGUGAGACGUUUUUAAUGCUGAAAUCCGGAAAGUCUAUAAGCGAGAUUCUGAAAAUCGCUAUGAAAUUUGACAUGGAGAGCCUAAAAAACCACUGCUUAUCAAAAAUCACGACCGUUGAGCAAAUCGACAAGGUUAUCGGGGACUUGAAGCUCAGCGGACUGGACAGAUCCUUGACGGAAGCGUUGAUGGCGAAGGCCUUGGAGUUGAAGUCGAAAUCCUAAUAGAACUUUUUUUUUUGCAACUUGUUUUAAACAAGAAUCUUCCAUGGUUAUAAAAUUUCAUUUUGAAAACUCAGAUGAUUAAUUGAAAAUAAAAGUUAUA